UUUUUAAUUAAUAAAAAUCCAUCUAUUCGUUACCACUGCUUACUUAGCAAGUGAAGAGAGUAGUUGACAGAUUAACAGCAAAAUUAAAAAGCAUAAUAUAAUAUGAAUAGAAAAUUUUUAAUUUACAUCACGUACACAAAAAUAAUUUGUUUAUAAGUUUUCAAAAAAUUUAUAACAACAAAGUGAUUGAGAAAAGUGCCUUUCUAAUAGAGAAAUACUAAUGAUUUGCCUAUAAAUAUGUUACCGGAACAUUUUUCGAAAAUGAAAACAAACAAUCUUGAAAAAAUAUACGAAUUAUGUUUGAAAUAAAUUUAAAUGUGGGUCAUAAUUAAUUUUAAAUCCUAACCAUUUUUGGUUUAUAUCUCGUCUUGUAAGCAGUAAACGAGUGUGUGUUUGAAUUUCUUAAAGUUCUGAGAAAUUGUCAUAGAAUUGUAGUUGUUUUUUGUUUAAUUUAAUAGGAAAAAAAUUAAAAAAAAAACUCUCACUUCUUAUUAAGCCAUAUAAAAUAACGACAACUAAUUAUUUUGGUCUUUUUACCAAAAAUCGAUUUGUGUGUGAGGGUUUAGCGACAGACGUCUGACAGUGACAGUCAGUAGAGUCAGUAGUAUUUCAGACGGUUUAGUGUAAAUAACAAUUUCUUGUGUGUUGCGGAUGUCAAUAAAAAAAAAAAAACAUAAUAAUUGUGUUGCAUUCAUUGAAAAGUUAUUAAAAAAAGAAAUUAACUUAAAACAAAAUAUGUAUAUAAUUAAUAAAACCUCAACGCCAUAGAAAGCAUGUAUUAAACAUAAUUGUAAUUUUAAGAUAAGAAAAAAAGAAAGAAUUUAUUAUUUGAUGUGAUUUAUUAAAAUUCUACUACUACUACUACUACUGUUUCCAUAAUGAUUUUUCUCCAAAUACGCAAAAAUUUCAAUGUCAAUUGCAGUUUGUUCUUGAUUUUAAUAAAUGCAUUAGUAUUUCAAGUAUCCCUAGCAACUGCCAAAACAAUUCCUAGUUCCUUAAUUGCAACAAGACCAAAUCCAUACAAUGAUGCCACUGAAGCAAUGCCAACAACAACCACAACGGCUGCACCUGAAGCAAAUCGGGAUAUAACAAUUGGUCCCUGUACCUGGGCAAUCGAGAGAAAAUGUCCCGAUAAGGAUAUAACAUUUUAUCUAUACACACGUAAAAAUCCAUCAGAUAGACAAUUUUUACAUAUCGAUGAUAGUCUAAAUACUUCAAAUCUAACAAAUUCCUAUUAUGACAGUAAGCAUCCAAGUAAAAUUAUAAUACAUGGUUAUAAUUCGGAUAUGUUUUUGCAUCCAUUGCAAAUGAUGAAAAUGGAAUAUUUAGCUAAAGGAGAUUAUAAUAUAUUUUAUGUGGAUUGGAGUAAAUUGGCACCGGGCCCUUGUUAUAUGAGUUCAGUACAUAAUACCAAACAUGCUGGAGCUUGUAUUGCUCAGUUAGUGGAGCGUAUAUUGGAUUUAGGCAGUACAGAUAUACAUGUAAUUGGAUUUUCUCUGGGAGCUCAAGUGACCAAUUAUAUAGCCAAAAAUCUGGCAACAUUUCAGCUACCUCGUAUAACUGGUUUAGAUCCGGCUAUGCCUUUAUUUGUAAUGGCUUCGGAGAAAGAUAAAUUAGAUCCUUCGGAUGCUGCCUAUGUGGAUGUUAUACAUACUAAUGCCAUGGUUCAAGGCAAAUUAGAACGUUGUGGUCAUGCCGACUUUUAUAUGAAUGGUGGCAUUGUUCAACCAGGUUGCACAAGAAAUAAUCCUUUAAAUCCCUUUGCCUGCAGUCAUCAAAGAGCAACAGCAUAUUUCUUGGAAUCUAUACGUUCACCAAAAGGUUUUUGGGGCUGGGCUUGUAGCUCUUAUAUAGCCUAUUUACUAGGCAUGUGUCCGGCCACAAACUAUCUCGUUGAAGCUGGUGAAAAUGUUAAAAGAACUACCAGGGGCAUGUAUUUAAUAAAUACCAACGAUACAUCCCCAUUUGCUUUGGGUAAAUGGACUGAUCUACCCACUUUGGGUGUGAAGAAGCCAUCAUCUGCAGCAGGCAUUUCAAUGACAUUUCGACCGCCACCACAAAAGGGUGAUCCUCUUUUGCGUAAUAUUGAUGAAUGGGGUAAAUUAGAUUAUAGUUUUAAUAAUCUAUAUCAUCAAGAACCCACGCCAUUUUCACAAGAUCCCUAUGGUGAGAACUGGACCUAUUUCAGCGGUGACACUUCAGAUAUUAUAGAUAACUCGGUGGAGGAGCAAGAUAUAGCAGAAUAUCAGAGUGGUCAAGUUAAACAUAGUCAUUCUGGUACCGAACAUCCACAAUAUGGAUGGGAUGCAUAUAAAAGAAAUUUAACUGAAGGUUUUAUAGACAACACUAUAUUUAGAAUACCACAUGUAGGUAGAAAAUAAAAAAAAUAAAGCAGAAAUCUUGCGUGAUAAAAGUUAUCCCAAAACAGAGUAAAACUUAAAUAUAUUUAAGUCAAUGUCAUUAUAAUUUAAGCAUCAUAAUAUUUAUGAUUCAAUAAAAUUAAAUUAUUUCCAAGCGUUCAUAAAGCAUAUACGUUUUCUAAACGUAUUUUAAAUAAUUAUAUAUUUCAU